GAGGUGGAGGAAAAAUCUGGAGAAAUUUGUCUGUUGUGGUCACGAUCUCUGCACUUGGAGUCCUCCCCUCCAAUGGACAAAACCCAAUCGAUUACAUUAUUUUCAGAUCGUGAAGUCUAUCCGUACUCAGCAAAAAAUUCCGCCUGAAAACUUUAAUAAUUUGGUGCCAUGUCUACAAGUUUGCCCCUCUCCGUUACUUCUUCGUCAGCUUUGAGCGGCCUCCUAAAUUCUUGUCCAAGACCCAGCAAUCGUCACUCGAUCUCAAGACCCACCCUUGCUUCACUGCAUCGAAACAGCUUCAAAUUGAAGCCUACCGGAGAAAAGUUGUCUUUUUUCGAAGUGGGAAGAGUUCAAAAUGGGGUCUUGGUGAAGGAGGGGGAGAAAUUGAAGAGGAGCACGAGGGUGGUUGUCGUGAGGUUUAACCGAGGUUUCGGCUUUAAUGGCGGCGGGGGCGGCGGAGGGAGAGACGACGGAGCCACCGGGAGGGUUGUGGGUAAUCUUGUUUUGGCCAUUGGCUUGGCUUAUCUCUCCAUGACCGGACAACUUGGUUGGGUUUUGGAUGCAAUUGUUUCCAUCUGGCUUCUUGUCGUGCUGAUACCAAUUGUCGGUUUGGGGGCAUUUUUGUGGUGGGCAGGACGAGAUAUAGUACAAAGCAGUUGUCCAAACUGUGGGAACGAUUUUCAGAUUUUCAAAUCUACUUUGAAUGAUGAACUACAAUUAUGCCCCUUUUGCAGUCAACCUUUCUCUGUUGUGGACAACAAGUUUGUCCGGGAAUCAGUGACGUUUUCCAACCAAUUUUCAUCAAAAGGAGAAGCAGCCAGUGAGUUCUAUCCUCGACCCAAGAAAGGAAAGAAUACUCCUACAGCAGUUGUAGAUGUUGAAGCGGAAGUGAAGGAUGCCGAUUGAGGCCUCCGGCGCCAAUUUUCCAUCAUGUAUACUUUUGAACAUAUCAAAUUUGAGAUCCCGACUGCGAGCGAGGAUGGCCCGUGGUGGAGAGAAGUAGAGUCGAACUUGACAAAGUAACUGUUAUCUUUCGCCUUCUCCAUAGAUGAGUCGGAUCAUGCUCCAGCAUAGCGUACCUGCAUAUGAGUCUCUAUCUCUGAGCUAUGGAUCGAAUGUAAUCUUCAUUA